CUGAGGUACACUGAUAAAAAUAUAAACAGUAUACGGCAGUCAACCGUAUCCACACACACAACUUGACUUCGGCAGUCCCACAGUAAGAUGCAACGCUUUAUCACGUGAGAAAUUGAUCCUCAAUUGUCAGCUGAGCACUAUUAGGUCCCAAGGGGGACGGGAGGGAAGAAGGGACGUUACCCCGGAAUGAGAGAGAGGCUGAAUCGUACCCGGAAAUGGCUCUACACAAGGCAAAGUCUGAUGAUGAGUUUGAAAUCAUUGAAAUGCAGGAUUGUAAAGGUAUAGAUGAGGAUGGAUUGGAAAUGACAGACAUGAAAAAGCCCAGAUCGCCAAAGUCACCCAAGAUACACAUCUCCAGAACCAAAAACAACAACGAGUCAAGUCAUAAUGAAAAUAUCGAACUUUUGCACGAAAGACGAGACAAGCUAACUAAUUUAGCAGCUUCCUCGGAAAACCUGGCAAACAAGACACAGCAAUACCGAGACAACAUGAAGGCUGUUAAUAAGACCAUGGCCAGACGGUACAGGUUGUCCAAUCGGCGGCUCACCAUCGUCAUCGUCGUUCUCUCAGUUCUUGUGGUGGUUGCUUUGGUGGUAGCUGUGGUGGUACUCACAAACAAAUCAUAACUGUUCCAUCAGCCUUCUCUUGCCUUGCCAUACGGAAUCCUUCGUAAGAUACCAGCUUUUUUUUCGAAUUCAAUUUUUUUUAAAUUUUUUAUUGCCUUACACUAACUUUUUAUCUAAUGAAUGAAUGUUGUGUGCGGGUUUUUUAUAUUUCAUUUUUUUGAUCAACAUGUAAGUGAAAAGUAUUAACUCCAAGUUUAAUACAUGUAAAUGUUAGCUUAUCGUUUGGUUGUAAAGGUCACAGUAUAUAUAUAGGUGUCAAACUUGUAAGCAAAGCUUAGCUUUUUCUAAUUGUGUGUACAUUCAAUAACUGGCAGUAUGGUUAUUAUAAUUAUGACACAUAAUAUAUCUAUAAAGUUCCAAUGGUUGCUUAAACUUUCAAUAUUUUACAAUGUACAUAAUAUGCAAGUUUACUCAUUUUUACAUUAACGUUUAUAUUUGUGCAAUACAGUUUUUAAUAUUUGUCGAAUUCUAAUGUGUUUUUUUCUGAAUAAAGGGUCUGUUUAUAAAA